UAUUGCAAUAACACAAAAAGGGCCACAUCAAAAUUGUUUUACUGUUUUGUCCAAAAACCUUUCAACUUUUCACAUUUGUCUUAAUACAUCCAAAAACCUAGAUGUAAUUUAUUGGCAUUUUAUGUGACACAAUGUAAUAUAGAACUGAGAAGUGGAAGGAAUACAAUAUGUGAUUUUCAUGUUGUUUAACAAAUUAAACUUUGAAGUGUGAUGUGUAUCCUGUUUUCAGCACUCCUGAACCAAUCACUAUCUUCUAGAACAAUUUUCUGUUGAAAUUACAGCUGCACGUUUUUGCAUAUUGAAUCUUUCACCUGCUCUUAUCCAUAAAAUUAUUCAAACUCAGUCAGAAUGGAUGAAGAACAUCUGUAAAUAGCAAUUUGCCAGAAAUAGUAAGCUGGAAAAAAACAGGCAAGAAAAAAUAAAGCAGUAAAAUAAAAUAAUAAAAUCUUAGGGAUUAAGUAGAAAAGACUCAAGUGAACCCCAAAGCUUCAAAAAAUAUAUCCGAUUUAUGGUUAAGAUGAUGACUCAGUUUUUUCCAAAGGAAGGAUGACAGAUAUUUGUGUAAUCCACAUAUUCUAAUGUUGAGGCAUAUGGUGAACUACAUGGUAGUAAAAUACACUUUUUAGCAAGAAAUUGAAGAAUUGUAAACAAAGAUUUAGAACGUGCAUCCAAAUGUUUAGGGGGAUGUACCGUAAUCAAUUCUAUUGUAGCUCAGGAUUAAUGUUUGGGGUUGAUGACUUGCUGGAUGGAAUUCUACCCCAGUUUCAAGUAUUCAGCAUCAACUCCGACCAGUUUAGCUGCCUCCGUAGAAGAAAAGCAUUCCAGCAGCAUGACACUGCCACCACUGUGUUUCAUGGUGGGCAUUGUGUGUUCAGGGUGAAGUGCAGUGUUACUUUUCCAAAACUCAUUAUGUUUUGAUUCCAUCUUAGCAGAGCAUCUUCCACAUGUUUACUGUGUCAUAUUUUAGUUCAUUUUAAAUGAUAUAUUUAUCAGUGCUAAUUGAGAUGUUUAAACUAUGGGAAGUUGUUUUAUAACUUAAUUAUGUUUUAAACUUAUGUUCUCUAAAAAGAAAAAAAAAAAAAACUCUGACACCUUCAAAGAACAACCAGAUUUUGCUAAAAUCCCAGGAGGGAACUUUUUCUCCUAGACAAUCAAAUUAAAUAUUAAUGAAAUACAUUAUUGCUAGGGUUAUAACAUGACAAAAUGUAAAAACAAAAAUGUGCAAAGUGCUGUAGUUAUUAUUAGUUGAAGCCUAUGGAUGAUAAAAAAUAUUUAUGAGUACAUGUAUCUGUAAAAACAUUGUCACAAUAAAAACAUAACGUUUUCGAAGAAAAUGGCUAUAAAACAUAAUCAAGGUUCUAAUGUGAUCUGUAAUAACCUCAAUAUCAAAUAUCUAACAGACGUUUUCUUAUUAGUAACAAUGGUCAGAAGGUGGUGCUCUCCACCAAGGAACAGUCCUUCCUGAGAGAGCACAACUUCAGCUCUUUUUCUUCAAUGUAGUCAUGAUGAAAUUAAAACCAUUCAAAGUGAUAUAAUCCUCCCUUAACUCUGAUCAAGCAAAAAAAUAAAAAUAAAACAUAAAAUAAAAUAAAAUAAAAUAAAAAACAACUAAACUACAGCUUGCUACAGAAAUGAAGAUAACAGUUUCACUAGUGGAUUUUUUUCUCCUGGACCAACACAUGAUUGUUUUAGUGUCCAUCAAAAACACUUUCUUCUUCUGACAGAGCAUGCAGAAGAUUUUAAAUGUAACAUUCUGUCCAAUCAGAGUGUUUAUGAAUCUUCUCAGCUGACAUUUAGGAACUGAGAAAACCUGGCCCAUAUGUUUGAGAUUAUAGCUAUUGUAACUAAAAGAACCUACACUCUCCUUAUCUCUUAUGUCCUUUCAAGAACAUAUCAGAUUUUUCUGAGCAUGUCAAACUUAAGUAUAUAAGCACACUUUUUUCACCUUUUAUUGGGAUUACAAGGAGCUAUUUCUGAAAAGUAACACUAUAAAAAGAAAUCUUUACAGGGAAUAAAUGUUAGGUAUUAUAACAAUCUAAAUUGAAUUAAUUUAAUUGUUAAUGUAAAGUUCAUUAUAGGUUAGCUUAUUUAUUUAUUUUAACUAUGUUAGCAACAUUGUUAAUGCUAAAGUCAAAUCUGCUAGCAAGUGCAGCUAAUUUAGAAGUCAUUGCCAAUAAGUGUCACAUUGUAGCUGUGUUGUCAAGGAAAUGGCUUACAUGCCAUUCUUUAAAAUCUUACCGUCUUGCAAAUAUAUAUCUUAAAUCUUAAGAUAUAUAUUUAAGAAUGCAGCCUUGAUGAUAAAACAAUUUUUUGUGUCUUUAGCAUGAAAAGACUAACCUCAUGAAAACCCUGAAAGUUACUGAUAUAUAUUUAUAUUGGAGAUUUAACACAGAAACAGCAGACAGAAUUAGAUGAAAAUUGAUUUUUAAUUUACUAAUUUAGUUGAAUAAGUAAGUUUUAACAUUUCUGGGACAAUUUGACUAAUUUAUUAUGCUUUUUUUUUAAGCUGUCAAACAUAAAUAACAUCAAAUCAUAAAUAGUGUAUAAAAUCUAUUCAAAUUAAAUGUCUGCAAAUUGAUGUGUCAAUUUUUAUUGGUUAGACUAGCAGUUUGCUAUAUAAUUGUGUACUAUUUUACAGAAAAGUAAUAAUAAUAAUAAUAAUAAUAAUAAUAAUAGUAAUAAUAAUAAUAAUAAUAAUAAUAAUAAUAAUAAUAAUAAUAAUAAUAAUAAUAAUAAUAAAAACUCCCAAACAAAUGAAAUGCUUCCUCCUAAAAAUAAAAGUUGUCUUUGAAGUGAGUAAUCUCUUAAGGAGAGCCGUGUGCAGUCCUAGCUUAGUAGGUAUGCCACACAUGCAGCUGACUCAAGUAACUUUCAUGGUGAAUAUAAAUAAUCGUUAAUUACAAUCCAUCCAAAUAAAAAGUAUCCAAAUUGUUACACUAAUUCUUAUUGGGUAAAUCACAAUUUGUUUUAUGAGUGCAGUUUGUUUUUAUUAGUGCAUGGUUAAGAGUUAAAAGAAAUGAGAAGGUUUUUUUUUUUUUUCCCGGAAAAGUUCCUUCUGGCUCAUUUUCGAUUAGUCUGCAUUUAGCUUUUCUGAUAGCCAGUACCCCCUUCUUUCCCUGUCACACUUACUUCUAAAACUAAUGCACAUUAUUACUACCCUUCACCUUCUUCGAAGCCCCCUAUACACACACACCCACACACGCGCGCGCGCACACACGCACACAAACGUAGACACACAGAAAGAAUCUACCUAAGUGCUCCUGAAAAUUAAAAUGUAUUUAAUUCUGUCAAGGCUCUUAAACGCUAUGAACCUUGGUUUGCCCAGCAGGUGGAUGUAUGACGUCACGGAUUAGGAACAUCAAAACAUAAACAUUCAAAUCCUCGUUUCUUCUUUUUUCCUCUUCCUCUCUCUCUCUCUCUUUCUCUCUCUAAUUCUUCUCCCGGCGUGUUAAAAAUCUAAUAACAUUAAAAGCCAGGAGACUAUUUCCCCCCUGCAAGCCACACUGGCGAGUCGGCAAGAGCGAAACUCCACAUUUUGCCGUAUUUCGACGUCCUCGGUAAGAUAAUCUUUUUCCUUGCAGAUAAGUUAAGUUAGAGAACUCUCUCACCUCUUCUUACUCCUCCUCUUCCUCACCUUCAAUGGCAGCUAAGUCCAACACUGAGGCGAGCGGAGUAUAAUAUUUGUUGGUGUUUACGGUGUGAUUUGAUGUCGCACGCGUUCGCGAUACACAGGCUCGCGUGCACAGGUUCAUUUUUCUCCAGCAAAUCGCCCCCUCCCCUUCCCUCCUCUUUAACCCUCAGCGUGCGCUGCUCGUUCGCCGCUGUAAAGCUUUUUUUCCUACCGCGUCUGUGUCCUCUGCGAAACCUCCGUGGCCCCGCCCCUGAAGACUGUGAGGUGAACAGUGAUAGGAGUAAUGGAGAGCCAAUCUACACAACUCAAGUAAUUGAGGGGACUCCGGCAGUGACAUCCUGUGGAGCCUGACAUCAAAGGUGAGGAGUCACUUUACUACCACUGGAACUGGAGAUUGCUUUCAAUAAGCACGUCUUUGCAAAAGGUUUUUAAGUCAUGAUGCAAGACUCCACCACUGAAACGGUGAGCAAUGGUCCAGCCAAUCAGAAUGGAGGUGCAAACAUGGACGGCGUACUCCAGGAGGGAACGCCUAAAAGUGCCACACCUUUGGUAGACGUGACGGCUGCAGACCUCCUGCAUCUCCAGCAGCACCAGGCCUUCCAAGUCGCUCGGCAGAUUCUCCUCCAGCAGCAGCAGUCCCAGGUGCAGCUGCAGACUCGACUGAACACUGGGCGCAAAUCUCCCAAACUCUGUGACAAGCAGCAGAGCCAGCUACAGGUUCCAGUGUCAGUGGCUAUGAUGACACCUCAAGUGAUAACUCCACAGCAAAUGCAGCAGAUUCUUCAGCAGCAAGUCCUGAGCCCUCAGCAGCUCCAGGUCCUCCUCCAGCAGCAGCAGGCCCUCAUGCUACAGCAGCAGCAACUUCAAGAGUUUUACAAAAAGCAGCAGGAACAGCUCCAUCUCCAGCUCCUCCAGCAGCAGCAACAUGCAGGCAGCAAGCAGAGCAAAGAGCAGCAGGUGUCACCGCAGCAGUUGGCCUUCCAGCAGCAGCUCCUACAGGUCCAGCAGGUUCAGCAACAACAUCUGCUCAACCUUCAGAGACAAGGGCUGCUCACCAUACAGCCAGGACAGACCAGUCUGCCGCUGCACUCGCUCACUCAGGGCAUGAUUCCAGCAGAGCUCCAGCAACUGUGGAAAGAGGUGACGAAUGCCCACGUAAAGGAGGAGCACAACAACGGCAGCAGCAACAAUGGCCACCGAGGCCUCGACCUGUCUUCCUCGGCGGCACCAAAGAACCCAGUCCUCAACCAGCAUGCUGCCACCAACGGCCAGUACAUGAGUCACAAAAGAGAUGGGUUGGCGCUGGAGGACCCAUCCCCCCACAGUCACCCUCUCUACGGCCAUGGCGUCUGCAAGUGGCCCGGGUGCGAGGCUGUUUUUGAUGAUUUCCAGUCAUUCCUCAAGCAUCUCAACAAUGAGCAUGCCCUGGAUGACAGGAGCACGGCCCAGUGUCGGGUGCAAAUGCAGGUCGUCCAGCAACUUGAGCUUCAGCUAGCAAAGGACAAAGAGCGUCUGCAAGCCAUGAUGACACAUCUUCAUGUCAAGUCCACAGAGCCCAAAGCCACCCUGCAGCCGCUCAACCUCGUGUCCAACGUCACAUUGUCCAAGUCAGCACCCGAGGCCUCUCCGCCCCUGAGCCUCCCGCAGACCCCCACCACGCCCACAGCGCCCCUCACACCCCUCUCCCAGACCCACUCCGUCAUCACAGCCAACAGCCUCCACAGUGUGGGGCCUAUGCGACGACGCUACUCAGAAAAGUACAACAUGCCCAUCUCCCCAGAUAUCAGUCAGAACAAGGAGUUUUACAUGAAUGCAGAUGUUAGGCCACCAUUCACCUAUGCCUCACUAAUAAGACAGGCAAUCCUUGAAUCUCCGGAAAAGCAGCUAACUCUAAACGAAAUCUACAACUGGUUCACGCGAAUGUUUGCAUAUUUUAGGCGCAACGCAGCAACAUGGAAGGGUGCCAUUCGCACCAACCUUUCCCUGCAUAAGUGCUUUGUGCGAGUAGAGGAUGAGUUUGGGUCCUUUUGGACUGUUGACGACAAGGAGUUUAAAAGCGGCCAACACGUUCAGCACAGCCGCCCUCGGAAAUGCGCCCCCGAUGAGAACUUUGAGGAGCUGCUUGUACAAAGUCCGGCCCUAGUGAAGAACAUUCAGACCAGCCUGGGCUAUGGUCCAACUCUCUCUGCUGCCUUCCAGGCUUCAAUGGCAGAAAACAACAUACCUCUAUACACUACUGCUUCCAUUGGAAGUCCCACACUCAACUCCCUGGCCAACGCCAUCCGCGAGGAGAUGAAUGGAGCGAUGGACCAUGAAAACAGCAACGGGAGUGACAGCAGCCCGGGACGCUCGCCCCUGCCAGCUAUGCAUCACAUCAGCGUUAAGGAGGAACCACUGGACCCUGAAGACCAUGACGGACCCCUCUCCCUGGUCACAACCGCCAAUCACAGUCCGGACUUCGACCACCACAGAGAUUACGAUGAUGACGUGGGCCAUAACGACAUGCUGUAAGGCCAGGGACGGGGUGCAAACCUUCUGGAAGACGGAAAUGCUGGACUUCAGUCUCUCAAGUGUCUCUCCAAGCAGACUGACGUUUUAGUGCCAUUACAAAACAUAACAAGAAAGUAAAAAUGUGGGAAAAAUGGAGGGCAGGGGGGGUCUUUUGAGUUCAGAUUGCUUUCUACCUUUUGAUUUCAGUGACCUCUUAAAAAGUGAGGACAAACGUUGUUAGAUGGAUUGGCUUGGUACCGGGGAGGGGGCGGGGAUGAAAGUGUUUGAGGUCAAACCCUCGCUGGGCAGCCAUGACGGACUGCACUCAGCGGACUGCGAGAGGGUCUCUGUACUCCCCUCCUCCCACCACCACACUCUGCCACCCUAUUCUCAGACACACGUGACCAUAAACUGAAGAGAGAGAGAUAAAGACAAGACAUUUAUUUACACGGUGUGUGCGUGUGUUGGCGUGCGUGUGUGUGUGUGUGUGAAGGAGAGCGAAUGAGUUCAUUGUCACUGCCUUCAUCAUGUUUAAUUCCAUCAAAAAUGGGAGGGACCUUUUCUUUCUUUGGAGGGUGGGAGGGUCUUUUGUUGGUUUUAAGAGGAAGGGUUCUAAAAUGUCAAUUUAUUCAAUGCUGUUUCACAUAUUGCAUCUUUAUUUGUGAUUAUUUUUUGAAACUGAUCAGACCUCAUGCCCGUGCUGUGGAGAUUCCGUGCGGUCGCCACUUGAUGAUGAAUGUUUUUAAUUUCCUCUCAUGCUGUUCUUUAAAAAAAAGAAAAAAUCUUCACACAUGAAGCAGAAUGGUAGAUACCAAGUAGUAUUUUUCUGUCAUUUAUUCUAGUUUCUUUCCAAACAACAUAAAAAAAAAAAAAACAGAAGAAGAAAAGCUGCCCUCCUCUGCUUCUCUGUCCCUCCUGCUUGUGAAGUCCAUCAGCAAUGCACUACUCGUAAUGAAGGCUCUCUCCAUGCUUCAAUGAAGUUUAAUUUAAGAUGCGAAUUAAUGACAGAGAAAUCAUGCAGGUUAUGAUUUAUCCUUAUGAAAUUAUUCUUUAAAACCGCCCCUCAUGACACAUUGUGCUGAGCUGCAACACAAUUUUUGACCACUUACGAGAUGUCUUUUUUUUUCUUUUUCUCUUCUUUUAAGCCAAAUGAAAAUGAUGAAAAUGUCAGGUGUGCACUGGCAAAGAUAAUGAUUUAGACCAACUAAUUGUGAUUCCUGAACACAACCUUUGUUGUUAAUCAAAUGCGUCUGCUUCCCCCUGUGCAUGUGUUUCACGCGGUGCUUGAAGAUAAAGCCCUGUUUUCCAUUGUUUUUACAUAUCACAUGCACGACUAGUUUGGAGCGUUAAUAAUACGCAACCUCAGAUGGAACACAAAGAGUAACGAUCCCGGCGUCAGCGAACGUUUCACAUUCCGCCAUCUGACAGCAAAUAUAAAGCUGUACACUGAUGACUCUGUUCAGCCCCCAGAAAUGAGAAUUAGUGGAUUUGUGACACAGCAAAAAUAAAUUUUGGUUCAUUUCAAGACCGCAAUGAACCACUUUAAAUCUUUUAUUUAUUCUUAGUUUUAGGUUUAUUUUGCGUCACCUUUGGCUUUUUUUGUGUCGGUGUGUUUUGAUAUCUUGUCAUGUGACUACCAAAGAUAAACUACAAAGUAAAUGUUGUGUGUUCCAUGUAGGCAUGGGCAGGUUGCUGGUUUCAACAUAAACUGAGGUUUUUAAAGCAAAUUAUGCUUCCAUCGCAACAUUCAAAAGGUGUAAAGUUCUUUUAAUGAAAUACAGAACAAAGGUGAUGUCACGCAAAAGACGAAUUCAACUAUUUGGACAUUUUUGAUGUUGUAAAUAUUUUACUUUUCCAUUUUAAAUGACAGGCAAAAAAUGUAUGACAUUUGACAUUUUUUAAGUUCCUGGAUACAGUGGUAGCUUCACACCACUAUAUCACACACAGCAUAAGAAUCUCACACCAGCCCAUGCCUCGUUCAAUGCAAUAGCAAAUAAGGCCAAAUAUUUUCCAUUCAUUCUGCCAGCCUUCGGAAUCAAAACGAAACGCUUCUCAAAGUGGUGUUUUCAUUCUUUUUUUAUUCUUAUUAGUUUAAUCCAAAGGGGGUUAAUUCAAAGAGGAGAGCUGCGGUGACGCUUUGCAGUCCAAAAGUGAAUGGGAGGAGCUGGCAGGCUUUACUACAUGAUGACCAAAACAGAGAAAUCUAUCGUCUUUGGAGCCAAUUAUGUGGGAACAAAAAAUAUUCUGGUCCAUGGAAAUCAAUGUGAACAAAUUCAUGUGCUUCAGCUGGACCAUACCAUGAUUCUCUUCUUUUAUUCUUUCUUGUGUUUGUAUCCUUUAAAAUGAUUGUAUAGCACUCUCACCUUUUUGGACUUUGUUUUGGAUUUUUUUGUUCAAGACUUUAUGAUUGUGUUUAGUUUUUGUCAACUUACUGCUUUUUAUAUUAAAAAAACACUCCUGUCAACUAAUAAGCUGGGUACAAGGUACUUUUAUGGCAGUUAUUGCUUUUUGUCCUCAUUAACUGAAAAAAAACUAAAGAAGGUUGAUCUGUGGUUUUCCAGAAGACAUAUUUAAUAUCCAGGCAGCUGUGGGACGACCGGGUCGCUUCCAGCCGGGCUGGGAUCGUGAGAAUGGGGCCGAGCUGAUCCACAGAACCUCGGCCUUCGUACUCCAAGUUUGUUUGGUAUUUGUAACGAGGGGGGAGGGGUAAAAGGGAAGCACUGGUAGAUUAGAUCACUCUCAGCAUGUGUAGCUUGACAUUACUAAAGAUAACAGCAUGAGAAAACAGUUAGGACGCAUACCUCAGCUCAAACCUACAGGGAGCGAUUAGGUUCGGCGAGAAAAAUAAACAUUUUACUCAGCCUCGCUUAGCUGUGCGGCUUGCAUGUAUAGAGAAAUGAAGUAAACAGGACAGAAAUCAGAGCUUCUUUUUCUUUGAACUUUUGUAAAUCAUAAUUUAAUGUGAAGUACAUCACCCAGCUGCGUGUGGCGGUGUCUCCCCUGUCCGGUGAUUUUUCCUCCUCUGGGCUCACUGGUCUGUUUUAAGGGAGCUCAAAAUUCAAGUUUUGCUUUUCUCUCUCUGAGGUCACAUCCGUUCGUCUGCUUUUGUAUUGAUACAAAAAUAGAAAAAAUAAACUGCUGUAUGUGUCAGAAUAGGAGAUUGCUACAAGUGUGUUUUAUGCAGUAAUCCUUGGUUUACAUCAAAAUGAAAGGGGGAAAAAAUCCCUGUGGGUGGGAAUGGGCCAGAUUUUGGAUUUUCAAAUUGUAUAUCAUAGAAAAACAGAUUUUUUUUCUCUGUCACUGACAUGAGCAUUUUGUACAGUUUUCCUUCCCUGUUUGUGUUGAGCUGUUUUUUAUACUUCUUUUUGACGGCCCAACCACUGCCUUCUGUGGGCCAUAUGUUAGAGAAGGCGUGUUUCCGCUCCAAGACGGAGGUACAUUGCAUGACUAAACCCAGGGUCACAGAGAUUGUGUGGGGAAGGCCAUAACAUUACUAUUAAGGGUGCACUAUCAAUCUAACGAUAUUUUCUAUGAAAUUAUUAGAAAAAAAGUGAGAAAAUAUGCAGUGCCAAGGUGUAAAAAAUAUUAACAGCUUUUGUUUUUUGUUUUUUUUCAUGUUUCUUUUUUGCACCCACACCAUCAAAUAUGUCCUCGGCCAUGUCGUGUCGAUUAAACAAUUUUUUUUUCAUUCAAUUUCUCUAAUCUGGUCAUUGCCAGAGUCAAAAUUCAAGCACAGCAGGCAUGUCACAGGAUUUAUAAACACCCUGCUAACAGUCCAUCCUCUAAAUAUCUCUCUCUCACAUAUACACACACACACACACACCCCUACUAAAAAUGUCAUCACUUCAUCAUUCAUCAACAUCCAACCUGCCAUCAUUCCGUACCCCCACAUUUCUCCAGUUCUCACAUCAUGCUUUUGUUUCUUUUAAGAAAGGGGAGCGCAGGAGCAAGGAGAGGCGGGGUUGGGAGCACCAACCCAGGAACUGUUGUGGUGUUCUCAUCCUGCAGAAGGUGUUCAGUUUUUUUUUCUUGGUUCCUUUUUUUAAAAAAAAACAUUUUUUGUAGUUCGCUUUUUUUAUCUUCCCCUCUCAUAUGUUAUUUUUUUAAAACAGAGAAAUAUGAUUAUUCAUCACUUCCAUGAGUCUGUAAACUCAUCAUUCCUUGUCUGUUGGACGUAGGCCACUUUGUUGUAGUCAGUGGCAAUGACUGACGUGAGCAUUCUAAACAUGCAAUAAAAUGCUGGUUGUUCAAA